GUACCAUAUGUUCAGUGCAACCCAAAAAGAGAGCGGCGGAAAAAAAACUAUCAAUUCUGUUCUACAUCGUCAUUCGUAAAAUUCUUCUAGCACUUGGAGGUUAUUUCACACUAUAUACGUUUUUUUAAUAUAAUAAUUAUAUGCAGAAAACAUGGUAAAAUCCACGGUCCAAUUGCUACAUCUAAGCUUCCUGCUGUUGUUGGCAUAUUACAGUGCCCCAACCCGGGCCGCAAACGGAUGCGUAGAGCUGGACCGGCUCAAUUUUGACCGGAUUGUUCAACGCUUCCGCUACACGCUGGUCAAGUUUGACGUGGCCUUUCCGUUCGGUGCCCAGCACGAGGCGUUCACCGGCUUCGCCCAGGAAAUGACCGAAAGUAUUGGGGAUUUGCUCUUUGCUCUUGUUGGUAUCAAGGAUUACGGUGACAAGGAAAAUUCGGACUUGGGGAAGCGAUUCAAAAUUCCAGAGAAAUACCCGGUCAUAAAACUAUUCAACAAUGAAUCACUGGAGUCAUACAUCGAUUAUCCCGAAGACAAUCCAGUCACGAUUGAAGACCUGAGAAAGUUUGUUCGUGAGAAUACGGAUUUGUAUAUCGGGCUGGCCGGAUGCGUGAUGGAAGCCGACGAACUUGCUGCUAGAUUUGCCGACCCUGCCAACAGCAAGCCACAUUUGGAAUCACUCAUCGACGAGACACAAAAACUUCAUGAUUCCAUCCAGUCGGAAACGGAUCGCAUCUCGUUGCAGAUUUAUCUUACUCUCAUGAAAAAGAUGGCCAGCAGUUCGGAUAAGCCGAUUCACGAGUUUAUCACAGCGGAAAAACAACGCGUGCAAGGUCUGCUCAAGGGUAAGAUCAGCGACAAAAAAAAAGCCGAUCUGUAUCUUCGACUUAACAUCAUGGAAUCAUUCAAACCACUUUCCAACACCGACAACGUGCGGAAAAAAUAUGAACUGUAGAAUAAUUGUUUUUUUUUUUUGUCUCUAAAUCUCACCACUCUCGCACUUUGUGGUUUUGAUUAAAGUGAACGCACAGCAAACCAAUUUGCCUUAAUGUAAACAAAAGUAUUAAUAGAGAAUCUCAUUCACUUGGGCCUUUCUUUCGAGCGCAAUAAAAAAUAAAACAGAGACAACACGAACAA